GUGAGGUUUGGGGUCUAAACGCUUGUGUAUGAAAGCGCUGUAUUUGCGGAUAGGCCAAGGCCGAAAAAUAUGCCAUGUAUUAUUAAAGAACUUGAUGCCAUACGCUACGCAGAACAGCAACGAAAAUGUCUUUUUCAUGAAAAUUAUGGUUGAUAUAAUCUAAAUGUUGGAUAAAGAUAUGAACCUAUACUAGCUACUAUUCAUAUUUAUUUUUAGGUAAACGCCGUAGUAUUUAAAACUAGCGAUUUUGUCGUAACUGGAAGCAGGUAUCUGAAAAAAUCCAGGAUUUCAGAAAAAUUUGUCUAUAAUGGUUUUGUGCAAUAAUUGAAUCUUGAAACAUAUGAACUGAUUUUGUUAUAAAUUUAUAUGAAGUUUUGUUGUUUUGCAUCAAAGUACUUCAUAGAAUGUCUACUGUAAAAUGUGGGAACGAUAUAGCACUUUUAAAUAAGUAAAAUUUUUAAACACUUAAGCUCUGGUUAACUAACAACUCUUGAAAAAUUAAAGCUUCAUGUUUCCAUAUAUGCAUGUAUGGCAAAAUUUCAUAAUUAAACGUAUAUAUAUAUAAUCGCACAGGAAAUCAUAUGCCUGUGAAUUGUAAUAAAUUGGUUUCACUGAGGUGUUCCUGGAAGUCAGGGCCGAUAUAUAACAUGCUGGUUGUCUUUUGUGUAAUAUGUAAUGAUACUUUUAUAAAGCGAAUCAUCUGCAUUGCAUAAAAAAAAAAAAAAAAAAAAAAAAAAGUUAGAAUGAAGCACACAGAAACUGCUUAAGGUGAAAUUCCUGUUAAGCAGGCAGUUUUACAUUUUUGUGGAGCAUCAGCAUCAUCAUGUACUUAGCAAGUUCUGUGAUAUAAGUGCUGUCAGUUAUAGUUAUCUUAUAUAUUGCAGAAGCUUCAAAUUCUAAGAGAUAUGUAAUGAAUCAUUUCUGAAGUAAAUAUUUUAAAAGAGCACAUGUAUACCCAUAUAGAAGAGAAACCUCAUGUGUGUGAGGUUUGUAACAAAUCAUUUAGUCAAAAGACAAAUUUAAAACAACACAUGUUCAUUCAUACAGAAAAAAAACCUCUUAUGUGCGAAACGUGCAAAAUGCCAUUUACUCAAAUGAGUAAUUUACGCAAACAUAUUCUUAUUCACACAGGAGAGAAGCCUCAUGUGUGUGAAGUAUGUAAAAAGUCAUUUAGACUAAAAGAUAACUUAAACAAGCAUGUGCUAAUUCACACAGGAGAGAAACCUUAUGUUUGUGAGGUGUGUAAGAACUCAUUUAGUCAAAAAAGUAGUUUAAACAUGCAUAUGCAUGUUCACUCAGGAGAGAAACCUCAUGUGUGUGAGGUAUGUAAGAGCUCAUUUAGUCAAAAGAGAAGUUUAAACAUGCAUAUGCAUGUUCACUCACAAGGGAAACUUCAUGUAUGUAAGGUAUGUAAGCAUUCAUUUAAUCAAGAGAUUGCUCUAAAGAAGCAUUUGCUUAUUCACACAGGGGAGAAACCUCAUGUAUGUGAAGUAUGUAACAAGUCAUUUAGACGAAAGGGUAAUUUAAAGGAUCAUUUGCUUAUUCACAGUGGAGAGAAGCCUCAUAUAUGUGAAGUAUGUAAGAAAUCAUUUAGUCAAAAAAGUAGUUUUAACAUGCAUAUACGUAUACACUCAGGGGAGAAACCUCAUGUGUGCGAGAUAUGUAAGAAAUUAUUCAGUCGAAAGGGUCAUUUAAAGGAGCAUUUGCUUAUUCACAGGGGAGAAAAGCCUCAUGCGUGUGAAGUAUGUAAGAAGUCAUUUAGUCAAAAAACUAGUUUAAACACGCAUAUGCUUAUUCACUCAGGAGAGAAACCUCAUGUGUGCGAGGUAUGUAACAAGUCAUUCAGACAAAAGGAUCAUUUAAAUGAGCAUAUGCUUAUUCAUACAGGUGAGAAACAUCAUGUGUGCAAGGUGUGCAACAAGUCAUUUGGUGUAAAAAAUUAUUUAAACAAACAUAUGCUUAUUCACACAGUAGAGAAGCCUUAUGUGUGUGAAAUAUGUAACAAGUCAUUUAGUGUUAAAAAAUAUUUAAACAGACAUAUGCUUAUUCACACAGGAGAGAAACCUCAUGUGUGAAGAAGUUAUUUAUUUGAAAGGCCAUUUAAAGGAGCAUUUUUUAUGCAUAUUCACAGAGGAGAGAACUUCAUGUGUGUAAAGAAUAUAAGAAGUGAUGAUUAGUUAAAAGAUUAAUUUAAACAAGCAUAGAAACCUUGUGUGUAAGUUAUGUAAAAUGUGUAAGAGUGAUUUAAAUGUACAUGCCUAGGAGAGCUAUGUAAGUCAUAUGAACUGAAGAAUUUAGAAGCAGUAUAUUUAUCUGCACAGAAGAAAAACUUCCCAUCUUUUUGAGCUGAUGCUAAGAGCAACUUUUACUUGCUGAUACUACAAGGAUUUGUGUAUGUUGUUUUAUUAUGUGAGGCCAAGUCUGUUUGGGUAAAGUGCAGACUUUGCUCACUUAUUUGGUACUUUUUACAAGAGAAGAAUUGGAUUUUUGUCAAAUCCCUUUGACCUUUUUAAGUGAAAAUACAUCGAUGUGUACAUGGACAAAGUCAAGGGAGUGCGCAAGGCUGAGUUUGUGAAAUUCUCUGAUUUUUUUUAAGUGAAAAUAGGUCAAUGUGUACAUGGAUACAGAGUUUCUGCAUUUCUUAAAAAUGCACCAAGCAGUGGGUGAUUCUGCACUUUCUCCGUCUGUUCAAUAACAUCAAGCGACAGAAUUGAAUGCCUGCAAAAUAAUGCCUCACACUAAAUCAGAGACAGAAAUAUAAAAUUUGCCUACCUUUUGCAUGAGCCAUUGGGCAAAUCAACCCAACACAGCAUGCAAGUCUCUACUCUCCUCUUGUAAUCUCCAGGUACCUGCAAUUUCAGUUCUUAGUUCAAAUAUAUCACUGUAUAAUGGUGAUCUAACAGAUGAUACAUCUUGAAUUGCAGCAUCCUGUGUGAAGUAAGUUAAACUUGGCUGCUUCUGAUGUUAAAGCAAAUGCCAAUCAUAGUUGUGCCAUUAGUGAUGGAAAUAUCUUUUUUGUGCCUAUCAUGAAAUAAUGUACUAGGUACUGAAUGGUGAACAAAUACUGAAGACCAUGCCUAUCCAGAUCCAGUAUCAGAAGCUUAAAUAUAUAAUAUUCAUAAAACCAGUACCUGAAUUACCACAAAUUUUGCUGGGAAAACUAAAUAUUUUCUCACAAAUGUUUUCAGUGAAAUUUUGAAUGAGGCCAUAUUUGGAUUAAAGAUGUUUUUUUUCUUUCAGUGAUGAGAGAAACUCAACUUUUAACUUAUAAGAAUGCACAUAUUUCAUAAGCAUGAAGACUUGCAUACCAAAAGAUUAGCUUAAGGGCUAGUAACUUUGGUAAGGCAUUACCAGUGGCCCAUAGUACAUUGCUGGUGUCUCCCAUACGUUUAUCUGUACCCAUACCAAAGGAUUGCCUCAGUUUCAUCUUGAAACUUAUGCCCAGUUUUCAAACUUUGCCACGAAUUAUUAUAAGAAAGUGAAGUCAAAAAAUUUCCUCAAAUCUAUCCCAUAACAAUGUAAACUUUGGAGAUAAAAAGAACCUAGCCAUAUCUGGGAUUCUGUCUAUUCUAGGGUUUUAAUAAUGGUUUAAUUCUAUGGUUUUUAAUUAAAGUAUUAUCCUGUUCUGGAA